AAAUAUUAUUUGAUAACAACAAAGAUCAAAACAAUGUCUAACCCUAAGUGAUUAGUCGUCGUAGUAUAGUCGGUCGGCGGAUAUGUUAAGUACUCAAUAUUAAAACAUUUAAUAUUGCGAUAAUGGCUUCGUCGAGUUCAUCGUCGCCGUUGGAAGACUUGGAAACCCAGUUGGAAAUGUUUGUAGAAAAUGUACGGCAAAUACGAAUAAUAGUCGCCGAUUUCCAACCCCAAGGGCAGACAGUAUUAAAUCAAAAAAUUCAAAAUGCCGUCACUGGCUUACAAGAAAUUAACAAACUGAAAUCCAACGUACAAGACAUUCAUGUACCUUUGGAAGUAUUUGAGUACAUUGAUAGAGGACGUAACCCUCAGCUUUAUACUAAGGACUGUAUAGAGAAGGCAUUACAUAAAAAUGAACAGGUCAAAGGAAAGAUUGAUGCUUUGAAAAAAUUCAAAGCCAAUGUACUCACAGACUUGGGACAAACAUUCCCUAAUGAACUUAAUAAGUAUAGAGCAUUACGUAGUAAUUGUUAUGGUACUAGCAGUGUUGUAGCACCACCGCCACCACCACCUCUGAAUAUGUUAUCGUCUGUCACUUCAUUAGGGGGACCAAAUUCUCAACAGCAACAGCAAAGCUUACUUGGAGGAUCGAGUUUAUCAAUUCAACAACAGCAGCAACAAUUAAACAAUGCUUCUUCCAUAGUGUCCUCUGCCUCUUCUUGCUUAACUAACUCUCAACAGCAAUCAAAUUCCCCAAAUAUUACAUCAUUAUUAGGCUGUGAUGGUAUUUCCACUGUAUCUGUUGGCAGUAACAGUAACAAUAUCGGAGGUCCUCCAGGUACCUAGAAUUAAUUGUUUGUAGCUUUUAAAUUGUGUAUAUACAUAUAUUGUAAUGAAUAACUUCUAGAUUAGAGAUCUUAAAUUGUGUUUUCGUGAAUUAUAAACUCGCUUAUUUAUUAUUUUCUACCAAUAAGGUUGGUAAUAGUAAUGAGUGAGGGACAAUGUUGAUAAAUAUAGUAUUUUUUAUAUCAAUAUUAAUUACUUGACUUUUUUGUAGUCAUUAAUUAGUUUAAAAGAAAUUACUAUUAUAGAUUAACAAUAUACAAAUUGUAUUCUAAUUACUGACAGUUAUAAAUUAAUUGUUGUAAACACAAAACAAUUGUAUAAGUUAUUAUUUUUUUAAAUGUAAAUUUAGUUAAUUGAAAUGUAUGUGGUUGAAAUAUUAUUUAAUUAAUUUAAAUUUUUAGUUAAUAACAUUUUUUAUGUGUCUAAUGUAUAAAAUAUUUUUGAAUAGUAAAUAAAAUAAAAUAAACUAAGUUUCUUUUAAAUAUGGUACAACCAUAUACUAGUAUAUAUUAUAAUUUAUAAUAUUAGUACCGUACCACUGCUUACGUGAGUGUGACUUUUCACUAGAACCUUUGCAGGUGAUGUAAAAUAUUUAAGUAAAAUUAUUGAAAUACUUUUUUAAGCAUUGAAUACAUGGAAAUUUUGAAUAUAUAAAUGUAAUAAACAAAUAAUAAUACCAUUUAAUUAUUCAAUAAUAUUUUUUUUUACUUAUAUCGGUAAUAUUUUUUAAUAAAGGACAAAUUAUGGAGAAAUA